UUUGCUUCACUAGUAAAUCUAGUGAAACCUAGGGUGACACACACCUGGUUACGCUCAGUUAAUAAUAUUAUUUCAUUGUCCUGUUCUAGUGGAGGUGAGAAUGAUGAAGACUUUGACCAAGACUGGAAGCCUCCAGAAAAUGAGCUCAUCCAGAAGUUAAUAGAACAAAUUGAGUAUUACUUUUCAGAUGAGAACCUUGAGAAAGAUGCCUUCCUCUUAAAACACGUGAGAAGAAAUAAGAUGGGCUAUGUCAGUGUUAAACUACUUACUUCUUUCAAAAAGGUAAAACACCUUACCCGUGACUGGAGAACCACAGCUCAUGCCUUGAAGUAUUCCAGUAUACUGGAGCUGAAUGAAGACAAUAAAAAAGUGAGAAGAAAUACUCCAGUUCCAGUGUUUCCCAGUGAGAACCUUCCUACCAAGAUGCUGCUUGUGUAUGAUAUCCACUUGAUUUCUGAGCUACCAGCUCUGAACAAAGAGCAAGAGAAUGGCUGCAUGCAAGAAAAGGUUAUGGAGCAUCUUCUCAAGGCCUUUGUAAUAUUUGGUGUCAUCUCAUCUGUUCGUAUUCUCAAGCCUGGGAGGGAUCUGCCACCUGACAUUAAACGAUUCAGCAGUCGAUACACCCAAGUUGGAACACAGGAAUGUGCAAUAGUAGAAUUUGAAGAAGUUGAUGCUGCAAUAAAAGCUCAUGAGUCCAUGUCCAUUGAAAAGAAUGAAGAAGCUGGCAUGAAGGUUGUCUUGAUAGGAAUGAAGCCACCAAAGAAAAAAGUUUUAAAAGAUAAAAACCGUGAUGAAGAUCCCAACAAGGGUCUUAAUAAAAUUAAAUCCCUGAAUAAGAGAGUUGAGGAACUUCAGUAUGUUGGUGAUGAAUCUUCAGCAAACAGUUCUUCAGAUCCAGAGAGUAACCCUACAUCUCCAUUGUCUGGACGCAAGAGUGAUGCUAUGAGCAAGUUGAGCCCUACCAUGUAUCAAAACAACCAUCUCAGCCCUAAUGUGUCACCUCGGUCAAGCCCCUGGAACAGCCCAUCCUCACUGCGCAAAGUGUCCAGGAAGUCUCCAUUGGCUGAAGAGGGCAAACUCAACCCUACCACUAGUCCUGAAAUCCCAAGGAAGUGUGCAGAUUAUUCUUCAGAUAGCAGCAUCACUCCUUCUAGUAGCCCCUGGGUGCAAAGGAGAAGGCUAGCUCAAACUGCAACACAGGAAAAAAGUCCAGUAGGUAGCCCUAUGCUAGCCCGGAAAAUACAAAAUGCAGGUGGGCUACCUGUGGGAGUGCUGAGGUUACCUAAAGGUCCUGAUGGUACCAAGGGAUUCCAUAAUGGAUGUGAAAGGAAUAAACCUAAGAAGAAGGAAUAAACUUAGAGUGUAUUUACAUUUAUUUUAUUUUUUUUAAACCAGUUUCCCAAAUCCAUUUUUGUUCAAGUCUGGUGAAGACUGUCACUUGAAUGACUGAAUUAAGUCAGUAUUUAAUUUUUAAAUAAUUUGUAUUCAUUUAUAGACUUAUCAUUUGUAUUUUUGUAUUUGCACUUAAUCUGCAUUAUUUUUAUACUUUUGUUUUUUAGUUUCAAAUGCCUGAACAUUGGAACAUAUUACUUUUUUAUGCCAGGUACUUAAAACUAUUAAUGUGACUGCAUUCAUUGAUAAAGAUAUACUUCUGCACAGACAGCAAUGUGUAAACAUAAUACAGAGUAUUUAGUCGUAUUUUCCUAAGCUAUGGUACUUUACCAUUCUGUUCAUUUAAGACCUAUUGGAGGAUUGAAGACUUCCUGUUUUUCUAUAUUGAAGGGAACUCUAAAAGUCUGUUUUGUUAUGUCAGACAUUUUGCUACUUGCCAAACCUGUCAAAGACCUGGUUAUACAUUUUGGUCCCAAUAUAUAAUAUUUUCCGUGAUGUGAAUAAAAUGCUAAGCAUUAAAAUGUUUUCAUGGGUUUAACUGCAAUGUCAAGUGAUCAAAUGGGAAGGUUCUAAACAGUUUUUGUAUAGUCUUUUAGUAUGAAAUAGUCCUCUUUUUGGAACUUAUCAGUAUCUGUCUAACUCUGAAGGCUUAGGUCAUGCAUUACUUGUUCUCCCUGUCUUUUGGAAUCAGUUGUGGCUUAUUUUAAAUGGCAAAACUGCUUCUGCUUUUGAAAAACUGUCAGGCAGCUUUUUGUUGAAAACUGUGCAUGGCAAUACCUGUGAUUUUUAUCUUUAUUUUUUUUUUGAGGGUGGGGGAGAGCAGGAGGCUAAGGAGAGGGAUCAGCCCGCAAUCACGUCCGACUUGACAGUAGUGCAGGAGGAGCCCAGGAUUAGCUGAUUGUUGGCUGGCUCCCAGAACCCACUACGACCAAUUCAGGCUCCACUGCAGUUUCUAGAACCAGCCAACAACUUGGUGGUUGGUUGGACCACAGUACAGUCCCUGCCAGCUGACUUUUGGUUGGCAGGGACCACACUGAGGCCAGCCGGAGACCUCAGUGCAGUCCAUCGUGUCUCAUCUUCAUUUUAAAGCACAACAGAAAUCAGCCACACAACUAUUACACUUUUUGUGUAUGUCUGUAAUUUUUGUGGCUGGCUUUGUGUUUUGUUGCACAUUUAACCCCCUGAAUGUGUGGCCAGGUUGUACUUUGAUUCAGUUAACUGGUUAAUUGCAUCUUGCGUGUAAUGUCUGCCAGGGGCCUAACACACCAGUAGAAUGAAGUAACAUUUCUUGAGUUGCACUUGUUUUAGAGCAACUCAACAGAAGGAAAAUCACUCCAACUGUCCUUGUGAAGUUUUGUACUUAGUUAAGUGUUUUGGGGGUUUUUGGAAACUCAAUUUGUAUGGUACAAUAAGAGAUGCUUUGAUUUUUUUUUUUUUUU